CUUUUUUCUGUAUAUAUAUAUAUAUAUAUCUCUCUCUAUACUUGACUCACUGUAAUUAAUUGAUCCGUAGAAGGAACGAUUGCCGGCCUCGGUCGCGGAACUGCCGAAUUCCAACAUGGAACCAUGGGACUCCGUCGGGGAACCUGAAUUCGCAAGCGAGAUGGAGAUCGUUGUGCGGUUGGGCGCCGUCCAUAACUAUGUUCUUCUGGCGGACGGCGAUAACACCGUCGAGGAUGUGCUGGUCGAGAUUCUUGGCCUCGACAGGGCAGCGCAAGCGCCAGAGCCGAGGCUUUGUUUCGAUGACUCGGAGUUGGAGAAGCAGAAAACCCUGGCCGAGUACGGAAUCAAUCUCGGCUCCGUGCUUCAGCUGAAGUGCACUCCGCGGGUGUCGGCGCAUAGUUAUGAUCCUACAGGAAUAGCCAAAACGAACUGUGCAGAAUCGACUAACUCUUCUAUGAGACCCGACAGAGAUGGUGAAAUGACAAUCUAUGUGCAGUCAGAAUAUUUUGGAAAUUACGCGCUUGAGGCGGACAGCUCUAACACCAUCCAAGAUGUUCUAGUCACCGUUCUGGUCUCCGUUCUUCCGAUUUGGCAGGCAGCAACUACGCUUUAUUGCAACGGCCAACUACUGGAGAGGGGCAAAUCUCUGGCGGACUACAGUAUCGAGGAUGGGUCCGUCCUUCACCUUAAGCGCGCAGCCCUCAAUUUCGUUCCAAGAGGUAGAGUAAAUAUGCAUCAUCCAAAGUUUAGCUGGGAUCAUCAACGUCAAAUAGUAAUUGCUAAAGAUGCUGAAUGGAAUGAAUAUAUCAAGCAAAAUCCCGACGCAAGGCCCUACCGAAGGAGAGCAAUCCCAUAUGUUGAUUUAUUGGGAAUCCUGUUUGUCAAUACAAAAGUAUAAAAAUUCAUAGUUUCCAAUGAAUGAUUGUUUCAAAAAGAGUAAUGUUGUAGUCUAUCUAUUCUCUACACAUGAGAUCUAACAUUUCGCAAUAAUCUCGUUCCUUGAUGGAGGCGAAUAUUACUGUCCUGUAUUUUUAACAUGUCAUUUCUCAUCAGUUUAAAUAUGUAUUGUAUUAACAUACGCUAUUAGCUAGCUUGUGAUGUAAGUUCAUAAUUAAUGCUCCUAUA